GUGGUGUAGUUGGUUAUCACUUAUGCUCACGAUGUGGCUGAGUCCCACCGUUUUGUUCACCCGCCCCGCAACUAGCCGGCAGAGCCAAUGCUACGUCAUCGGACCCUUUGAGCGCUCCUGCACAACCACCACGUACUUAAAUCCCAUCUUGACCUCCUGAUCCCCAGACCUAUCUACAUCAAACAGAUCAACAUACCAAUAAACCAGAAUAUCGUACGCUCCAAGAAUAACUACACGAAUCGCUCAAAACACCAACCUAGAACCACCACCAAGAUGCCUCUCGUCGUCCCAGGAGUAACAGCCGACAACAUGCCCGAGGACAAGACCCAGGAGUGGAUGAACAAGCUUGUCGGCAAGACGCUAUCAGAGAACGAGCCAAGCUCAGAGACUUGCUUCUGCAAGAAGGACCUCCCUGAAUCCACCAGAGUUAUCGAGCCAGGCUCGAUGGUUACCAAGGACUUCAACCCCAACAGGCUGAAUGUACACGUCCAGGAAGACGGGACUGUUUCGCACGUUUCUCACGGUUAA